GGGCAAGAGAAAGGUCGAGUAAUCGAGAAAAGCAAAAGAAAGAAAAGCCAUUACAGCCAGAGAAACCAAAGAACCCACUCCCCCAAAAAAAAUUAAAAUUAAAAUUAAAUUAAAAUCGUUUUUAUUUUCAUUUUUAUUUUGUUGUAGAAGAGAAGGUGCUCCUCUGCUUCCAUACCUAUACGGUUCUCCUCCCACCCCCAUCUCUUUCUCUCGCAUCUAUCUUCUGCGCUAUUUCUUCAACUAUGUUCAUUUUCUUCUAAGCUCUCGUAAGCCCUGUUUCGAGAAACAGCUUCGGUUUGAUUUUUUGUGUCGAUCGCUUAUUUUUUUGGGUGAAUCAUGAGGCGAGGGAGAGGAGCCGCGGCUAGGACGGUGGUCGCGGAUGCGUCGGGAACGCCGGUUACAGCAGUUUCGGCUUUGAGAAAUCCAGGCAAUGAGCCACGGUAUCGGGGCGUGAGAAAGAGACCAUGGGGUAGAUUCGCCGCCGAGAUCAGAGACCCCUGGAAGAAGACCCGUGUCUGGCUCGGCACCUUCGACUCGGCCGAGGACGCUGCCAGAGCCUACGAUGCCGCGGCUCGCAACCUCCGCGGCCCCAAAGCCAAGACCAACUUCCCUCUCUCCCCCUCUUCCUAUUUUUCUCCGCUCAAUCCAAACCAGAACCACCAAAACGGUGCGUUUGUGGAUCAUCACCGUUUGUACGCGAUGAACGAUGGUUUCCUGGAGCAGCAGAUUAUCGAUCCCCCGAGGCCCGCCUCCAGCAGCAUGAGCAGCACGGUUGAGUCCUUUAGUGGGCCCAGGCCACCGCCUCUACAGUCCAAGCAAGCUUUUGUGGCGGUACGUAGACGACUGCCGAAGCCGCCUCCGUUGGUCCCGGAGGAUUGCCACAGCGACUGCGAUUCAUCCUCUUCGGUGAUCGACGAAGAUUUCGAUAUCUCAUCGUCUUUGUGCCGGAAGCAUCCCCUGCCGUUCGAUCUCAACUUCCCACCACCACCACCGUUGGAUGACGUUGACUUUUUGGGUGAUGAUCUCCGGUGCACUGCCUUGUGUCUCUAAUUAUUGCGAUGAUAAUGAUGAUUAUGAUGGUUAUUAUCAAUGAUUUUUCCUCUAUUUUUUCUUAAUUUUAUUUUUUUCACAUUCCCUCUCUUAUUUUUCUUUCUACUUUUUUUUGCCCUUUCUAAAUGAGAAAAAAGAAGCAUUUAUGAGAGAAGAUUGUUACAAAA